AUGUUUGGAGAACAUCGAAGUCGGUCUCGCAAAAUCUCAAAAGCCAGUGGUGGUGGUGGAUCUCCAGGAGAUGCUCAGCAAAGAGACCCCUUGAUGCUUCUCAGUCCUAGCGACGUCAAUAACAGUCGUGGGAAAUUGGCAUUUUCUUCGUUAGAAGGCCAUACAACACAUCUCGAGCAAGUUGACGAAGUAUCAGAGCUGCUGGACAGCUCUGACGACCAUCGAAACAAUCUGCAGUUUUUCGAGGAUUCUCCCGGCGAUGAAAACAACGAUACUCAAGAAGAUCGGCCUGUAAAGCCUCCUAUGCCGGGGCUCACCAGAAGUGCCCGAACAUUGAAUCUGGUGCAAGUGCCUGCUAUCAACGACUAUAUGGAUAAUUGGAGUCCAUUCGAAGAACGACCUGAAACGCCCGCAAAUCUCAAAAGAACUGCUAGCAAAAGUGAGCUUUCUCCAUUCGUCAAUGACCCUGAAGUACUACGCAAAUGGAUGUACAAAAAAGUAGAAAGCUCGCCGAACAAAUCGAAAAGCAGCUCCCUUUCCCCAUCACAAACUCAUUUCACCAAACAGCGUAAAACCUAUUCCCAGCAGCCUUUCUCUAAUGCAAAACCCGAUCAAACUGCAUUCAUGUCAUCUGGGCUCAAGUCCAAAAUGCAAUCGCAUCUCAUGCCUCAGGUGUUCAGCACUCCAGACACACCAGUCAAAAAAUCGCCACACAACACAACUGUCGAUCCUUCUUCUAUAAUGGACUCCCCAAUGCGCUCCUAUACAUCGGCCACCGGACGGUUCGACUCCGUUAAUCAAUCACCGUUAAGCGCUGCUAACAGCCGAUUUCAUUCUUCCAAUGUCACCAAUUCUUCAUCAUCACUUGGCAAGAACAAGCCUGGCAGAACAUCCAAGGUGUUCAGCAAUACAGUUCUGACAAACACACUACAGCAAUUCACAGACGACCUUUAUGGUAACGAUGACGAUGAUGACGGGUUUCUUUCUGGGUGUGUUUCCUCCACAGCACCCACAAUAACAUUUUCUGCAGAUGCAGGAAGUCCAUCGCAUACGCCAACAAAGUCCCCGUACCCAGUACGACGGCCCUCCCCUUUUCUAAUGUCGAAACCGAAAAGAUCUAUUAAUGCGAAAAUAAGUCGGCCUGCUUCACCGCCAUUGGAGCAGAUGCAUAUAAGUCCGGACUCACAUUUGUCCACAAAAUUCAAAAAUGUCUGCACAAUUGGUAGCGGCCAUUUCUCCCGCGUCUACCAAGUAGUUUUUGCAGAAACAGGCAUCAAGUAUGCUGUCAAAAGUAUGCGGCCCAAUAAAUCUAAUACAACCGCUAGGAUACUGCAAGAAAUUGACAUAUUGUCACGCAUAAGCGAGACAACUUUAGAUGAGGAAGGGAAAGACUAUGUGCUAACCUUCAUAAGUUCAUGGAAAUAUCAAGGCUUCUAUUACGUCAUGACAGAAUAUUGUGAAAAUGGCGACCUGGAUUCUUUUCUCAAGGAACAAGUUGUGAGCAAGAAAACGCGAUUAGAAGACUGGCGGAUAUGGAAAGUUAUAGUGGAGUUGAGCCUGGCGCUCAACUUUAUUCACGAGUCUUGCCAAAUUGCCCACUUAGACAUGAAACCCGCGAACGUGUUGAUUACUUUCGAAGGUAGUCUCAAGCUGGCCGAUUUUGGAAUGGCAACGAAAUUACCGGUUGUAAACAAUGAUUUGGAGAACGAAGGCGACAGAGAGUAUAUCGCACCAGAAAUCAUAUCAGAUUGUAUCUACGAUUUCAGGGCUGAUAUUUUCUCUUUGGGGCUGAUGAUCGUUGAAAUAGCUGCCAAUGUCAUGCUGCCAGAUAAUGGCAACGCCUGGCACAAAUUACGUUCUGGCGAUUUAUCCGAUGCUGGUAAGCUCAGCUCCACCGAAAUUCAUUCAGACUCGUUGUUUUCCAACGCGAAUACGACCACGGAAGUCACCGAUCUUUCGUCCCACGAUAAGGCCAACAAACUUGAUUUUUUGGUCGAUAGCUACAGCAAGAUUCCAGCGUGGGUACCCAAAUUUCUCAUUGAUGGAAUAUCUCUGGAAAAAAUGGUUCGGCGCAUGAUAGAGCCGGACUAUAGGAAAAGACCUACGGCGAGCGAGAUCUUGCAUUCAGAGGAAUGUGAAUAUGUCGAGAAAACUCGCAAGGCUGGCGCUAUAGUACAGGAAGACGAUUUCGGGCCGAAGCCCGAAAUGUUUAUGUAA